GUUGUCCCUUUUGUAGGAUGAUAAAAUAGGCUACACGAAACCAGAUUUGAACGUGUUAAAUCAAUACUCGAUAUUGUGCUGACAGCUUCACUAUCUUGCUCCCUUCGUCACCGGAUCUACAAUGGCUCGUUCACUAACCUCAAGACCGAUUGAUAUCCUCUAUCUAGCGUUCUUUAUUAUCCAUAUUCCAAUUGUUAUUUUCAUCGAUUCCUUUCCGUUAUGGCCUCCGGCACUUCGAAUGGAAUGGAUGAAGGCAUUGCGGCUGUAUUACAUCCAGACCUACAAAGAUUUCUUCUUCAUUGAUCCCCCGGCGUGGUUUGGGACGUAUAUGUGGAUGGAACUCAUCUAUCAUCUCCCGCUCAGUCUAUGGGCUGUUCCAGCUAUCAUUAGGGAUGACCCGAAGAUCCCUCUGCACCUGUUGAUAUACGGGUGUCAGACCGCGGUGACUACUUUGACAUGCAUUUCCGAGUAUCUGAGCUGGCCAGGAUAUACGAGCCAGGAAAAACUUAACUUAGGGUACCUUUAUGUCCCGUAUCUCGUACUCUCCGUGUUUAUGACCGUGGAUAUGUUUAGGAGGUUGGAUCGAACUCUGGGACUCAUCUCGAUGCGCUUCGGCAAUGCCGGCAAGAAGAAACAGUAGAUCGUCCACACGUAUGGGAAGCAAUUGUUGCCUUGUUGACACUGUAGGGAAGCGGCGCUUUCGAGAAAUUUACAAUGGCAUUUCGAGAUCAACAACACAUAUAUUCUUUGCUGGCAGAAGAGAAGUCUAAAGCCUAUGCCACAGUGGCAGAUUCAGGAUUGUGGCUCGGGUGCUCGGCCUGAUGUUAGAUCCGUUAAGUUUCAAAACGCGAAU